AUGGAGGAGAAAGAGAAAAAAAAAGCGCAGAUAGAGAUUUGUGAAUUAAGACAAGAAGCAAAACAAGAGGGUGUCCAAUUCCUCGGCCCUAAACAUCUGCCGAUCGAUUAUCAUCUCCACCAUCGACGCCAUGAAAUCUCGGUAAGGGUCGCUCGACCUCUUCUCCACCGCAAUACCCGACGAGCACCUCCGGCGAUUCCUCCGGCAAUUCCUCCGGCGCCGCCCGCUCUCGUAGUAAAGCCUGGUCGCCGCCAGAUCGGAUUCCAUCCCGGACGAGGAGGAGGUCUCGUCGCCGCUGGUGAACCACCGGCCGCUGUGGGAGGACGAGCUCUGGUUCCUGAGGGAUUUGUUGAGGGUCCUUUGGGGGUAUUUUCGUCCUUCCACGUCGGAACAGUGGCGCGUGCGUCUCAAAUGUUUGUUGGGGGCCUCGGAGCAAUUUUUGACAAUGUUGGGGUCCUUUUGCGAUUGAGGAUGAGGAGAGGGGUGGGGAGCUUUCUUGAUUAUUGGAAUGAGAGAGGGGCUGUGUGCAACGUCGGUUGGAAGGAUCAGAAAUGGGAUUUAAAGAGAGACAGAGAGGGAGAGAGGGGUCUCGUGAACGAUUUGUCUACACUUAAAACGGGUGUUACGGCCAAAAAACAUAUAAAGUCAGGAGUAGAGCAGGAGAAUGCGUAUCUAGCUCAAGUCAAAUUGGAAGACCUGACCAUGCUCGAGCUGGAGAGGAGUCCUUAA